CUUCCCAAGUCCAGUCUAAUACAGCACUGCGGAUGGAUCACUCGCAACCUGCUGCUGACACUUACGGUGCUUGGGGUAAUUUUGGGAUCUGUCUUUGGGAUGUUGUUGCGGUACGUCCCAGAUCUGGACUCCAACUCCCUGAUGCUCAUCUCUUUCCCUGGAGACAUCCUAAUGAGGAUGCUGAAGAUGCUUAUCCUGCCCCUCAUCAUCUCCAGUCUCAUCACGGGUCUGGCUGGGCUAGAUGCUCGCUCUAGCGGAAGGAUGGGCACCAGGGCCAUGGUUUACUACAUGUCUACCACAGUCAUCGCUGCAGUGCUGGGGGUGAUUUUGGUCUUAGGAAUCCACCCAGGCAACCCAAAACUGAAGACCCAGGUCACCGCAGCCCCCAAGAACCAGGAGGUCAGCAGUAUGGAUGCCUUCCUGGACCUGAUCCGGAACCUGUUCCCUGAAAACCUGGUGCAGGCAUGUUUUCAGCAGGUCCAGACUGUGUUAAAGAAGGUACCUGUACCAGUCCAGAACCAGACAGAACCAAUUAUGGUCAAUAAGAAGAAACUGGAAUUCAAGUGGGGCAUGAAUGUACUAGGUCUGAUCGGCUUCUUCAUCACAUUCGGGAUCUGCAUGGGGAAGAUGGGUGAGAAAGCAAAGCUGAUGUGCGACUUCUUCAACAUCCUCAAUGAGAUCAUCAUGAAGAUGGUCACCAUGAUCAUGUGGUACUCCCCUCUGGGUAUUGCCUCUCUGAUCUGUGGGAAGAUCGCCGCCAUCGGGGACCUGGAGGUGGUGGCACGGCAGCUGGGCAUGUACAUGGUCACCGUCAUGGUGGGACUCAUCAUUCAUGGAGGGAUCAUCCUGCCUCUCAUCUUCUUCUGCGUCACCCGCAAGAACCCCUUCACCUUCUACUCGGGAAUCUUCCAGGCCUGGAUCACAGCUCUGGGCACUGCAAGCAGUGCAGGGACGCUGCCUGUGACAUUCCGCUGCCUGGAGGAAAACCUGAAGAUCGACAAGCGGGUGACGCGUUUUGUCCUGCCCAUCGGCGCCACCAUCAACAUGGACGGCACGGCGCUCUACGAGGCGGUGGCCGCCAUCUUCAUCGCCCAGAUGAACGGCAUCAACCUGGACAGCGGGCAGAUCGUCACUGUCAGUAUGACUGCCACCCUGGCCAGUGUGGGCGCCGCCAGCAUCCCCAGUGCUGGGCUGGUGACCAUGCUGCUGAUCCUGACCGCUGUAGGGCUGCCCACUCAGGACAUCAGCCUGCUCAUCGCUGUGGACUGGCUGCUGGACCGAAUGCGCACCUCCAUCAAUGUGGUAGGGGACUCCUUCGGCGCUGGGAUUGUGGACUUCCUAUCGCAGGCGGAGCUGGCGGAGAUUGACGGGGACGUCCCGCUGGCCGCCGAUAUCGUGUUCCCGCCCCCGAUUCUGACUGAAAUGGACCUGGUGGACCCCCUCAAACCCCCGCAGUUACCCCCGCGCUCCCCAAGACCCCUCCCGCUCAACCACCACUCCCUCUCGCACUCCCCACGCUCCAUCCACUCCCACUCCUCCCGGUCCCUCUGCUCCCCAUCGCCCCGCCCCCUCCGCACCCCCUCCCCGCGCAUCCUGCACAGGACGGAGCCUGGGUACUGCGCCCUACCCACCCACGACUGCCAGAUCCCCACCCCCCGUCCCUCAUUCCGGGAGAGAGACAGACAGAGGGAAAGACUGCGGGUGCGAGAGAGGGACAGGGGGAGUGAGACAGAGGAAGAGGAGGAGAAAGAGCGAGUCGGGGAUGAGGGGAGUGACGGAGAGGAAAGUGAUGACACCGCCUACGACCGGAGACAUGCAAUUCCGCCUUGUGACAUGCCCUGA